UCAAGCAUGGACAAACAAAUAACAAUAACCAGUAAAUAUAAAUUUAUUGAUAUGCUGUAUAUAUAAAAAUAUGAGUGGUAGUUCUAAAAAAGAAGAUAUUAAUGCAAAAAAGAAAUAUGUCUUUUUUUGUGAUCCUGAUGUUAUUGUUCAACGUGCUGAAGCAUCUGCACAACAAGAUUACAUUACCAACCAAAUCUUUAAAGACAAACCAUCUAAUUUUCCAGUUGAAUUUGACUUAAAAAAUUUAGAAAAAUUAUCAUAUCAACCUAUUCAACCAUAUCCUUUUACAUUUAUAAGUGCUGUGAAACGAAAGUUUAUAUUAAAUGAUGGUUCUGAGAUUUGUAUAAAAACACAAGAAUCAAAUAAUAAAAAUGCAAUUAAACCUUCAAGAAUAAUAAAAUCUGAUAGUACACAGAAUUUGCAUGAGGUUAUACAUAAAAUGGAUUUUAUAAGACCACUGAAAGUUCCAGAUUUGAAAAUUUCUGCAAAGAAAUUAGAUUUUUCGAACAGAGAAAAUUGUGCAUCCAAAGAAUCAAUAUCUCCAAAAUUUGAAACAUCUUCAAAGGAGUUUAUUCAUGAAAGAGGAGAAAAAAAAACAAGGAAUUUUGAACGAGUUCAAAGAAGAUUAGAUUUCUCUACAUCAGAUGUUUCAUCAACUAUUACUAGUGAAAUAGAGCCAUUGAAGGUGCCAAAUAUUUCUAUAUCUUCAAAUUUAUCGAAGAAAAAAGAAUAUGUCAGAGAAAAUUCCAGAGAAAAAGAAAAUAGAAAAAGAAUUAGAAAAGAUGAAUCUUUAUUUUCUAAACAGGAUGAAACACAAGAUUUUUAUAGAAGAUCCAGAAGUCCAAGAUAUACUUCUAGAAAAGAUUUUUCUAACAAUAUAAAUGAAAACACAAUAAUUUCAAAGUUAAAAAAUGAUAGAUUUCAUAUGCCAAGGGAAAGUGAUUUUGUUCCAUCAAAAUCAAAGACUAAAAAUUUUGUAACAUCAACUGCUAAAAAGGUUAAUGAUAAAAAACACAGAUCUUUUAAUACUAAAUCUUUAAAAUCAAGAGAUAAUUCUUUAGAAUCUAAAAACAGAUCUUAUAGUAAUGAAUCACUUUCUGAACGAUCUUCAAAGUUAUCAGAUAAAGUCACAAUUAGGGAAUCUAGAAAUAUAUUUGAAAAUUUUGAUUAUAAACAUAAGGAUGAUUUACAUAUGUUAAAACAGAUGGAUGAUCAAAAAUACAUAUUUUCGUCUGAAAAUAGGCAAGUUAAACAACAUAAAAUAACAUGUCAGUCUCAAGGAAAAACAGGAAAUAUAUUUUUUAAGGAACAGAAUAAAAAAUCUGAAAAGAUAAAACCUUCAACAAGUAAAAUAGAUGGCAAAAUGUAUAUAAAUUCUAAAGAAUCUGAAGGUAUAGAAAGUAUAACUAAUUCAAAUAUAAGUGUAAGAACUCAAAGUCCAAGCACUAUUUCUACACAACAAAUGAAAAAUAAAGAUUCUGAAAAAACUGCACAAAGUAUCAAUAUAUGUAAAUUGAAUAAAACUAUAGAAGAUUCAAAAUAUACAGAUGAUUCUUUAACACAAUGUACUAAUGUAAAUAUAAAAAAGGAAGAAGAAUCAUUUACACAAAUUGCUACUACAGAUAAACAAACUAGUAAUAGCAAUGAAUCUAAUUUAAGUGAUAAUAUUUUGUCAAGUGCAUUGUUUGAUCCAAAAAGAAUUUCAUUUAGAGAUGAAAAUCGUUUACAACAGGAAGAAUUUUGUGAUUUAGUUACUCCAGAUAUGAAUCUUAUACCUCGAUCUAAACGAAAACGACAAUUCAUACAAAACAAUAAUAUGGAAGCAGAUUUAAAAUGUUCAAAACAUAAUAUGGGUAAAAUUGAAACAGAACCAGAAAAUAUGUUAUUGUUACAUCCAACUGCCUUACAUAUGCAAUUCCAAGCUGAAUUGCAUCUUCUUGAUUCUUUUAAUGAAUCAUUGAGACAAGUAAUGGAUGUUGAAAAAUGUUUAUAUAAUGUUAAGCAAGAUCAAGAAAAGGAAUUAUCAUUACAGCAUAGUCAACCAAAUGACCAAAUAAAAUCACAUUUUUCUAAAGCAAUGAAUGAAAGAGAUAUUGAUGAUAUUAAACAUUGCAAUGAUAAUAAUAAAGCACAUAAACUUGUUGCUACUGAUAAUGCGUUUCCGACAAAUAUGGUACAUCAUAUUACAAGUCAAACUAUAGGAAAUGAGUUUGAUAAUAUAAAUAAAAUAACUAAACCAGUAGCUGUAGAAGUACAAACUCAAACAGUAAAUGAUAUGGCAACUCAAACAGAUAUACGUUCUACUCGACGAAAUGUACAAAGUAGAUGUUCAGAAAUAUGUGGAACACCAUAUGAACGAGGAUUCAUUGGAGAUAACGAAGUUCCACAUUUUUCUUUAGAUUCAGUGGAACAAUUUGAAGAUUUAGAUCAGAUAGAAGAAAUAUCAUUGCCUAGCAAAUUAAGAACGAUGUCAGAAAUAAGUUUACAUGAAACUACAUCUUCUAUACGGACAGAAACUGGAACAGAAAUUAGCAUUUCAACUCGAGAUGUAACUUGUUCUUUUAAUAAAUAUUUAGAUUUAGAAAUUGCACAACUAAUAAAAGACGAAAAACAAAGAUAUGAUAAAAUUGAAAUGUUGUUCAAAUCUCGUGAAAAAACUUUAAAUGAUCGAACUAAAAAAUUAGUGAAACUAGAAGAACAAAAACGAGCAUUAAGAGAUACUGGACAAGAUAGUCGUGUUAGUUCUGUUAAAAAAAAGCAGAGAGCUUUACUUUUAAAAUUACAACAAGAAAAAGAUGAAAUGAACAGAUUAAAAGAGCUUCACAAAAUUGCAAGUCAAGAACGUAAACUAAUGCUGCAAAAACAAAGAAAUAUGUUUAAUCCUCAAAUAUCUACUAAAAACAUUUUAACGAAAUUAAAACGGAGCGCAGAUAGUCAAUCUCCAAGAAGACUAUCUGGACCCAUGAAAGGUUAUGAUAUAAGAAGCAAUAGUUCUAUGAGUUCUUUAGUUGACUCUGAUAAAUCUCAGCAACACGAUCGAUCUCAAGCAGACGGUCGUAUGCAGAUGUCGGAAAAUGAAUUACAUUUUUCUAAAAUUGAUUUACUAAAAAGUAAUAAAUUCACAAAUCUCGUUGAAGAAUCUAACGCAUCGUUUUUAGAAUUUGAUAAAUCUGAUAAAGCUAUGCAAAAUAUGUCCGAAGAAAAAUGUCUUUACAACACACAAAAAGAUGGAAACAUAUCCAAAUAUGAAAUAAAGUCAAGAAAAUUUGAAGAAAAGAUGCCCAGAGCAGAUCUUAUUAGAUUGAAAUCAAAUCAAUAUAAUUCAAUUGAUGCGAAAUUAAUUCCAAAUCAUUCAAUGAAUAUUUCCGGAAAAUAUCUUUUCGAAAAAGGAAAAUCUCCCGAUGUGUCAGAACUAUUACAACAAAAUUUAAAUAAAUCUACAUCUGAAUACAUUAAAUCAGAAUCUGAUACUUUAGUGGAAGAAUUAUCUAAAAAGUCAAAAGCUUCUCAAGUAAUUGAUAAUCAUUUUCAGACUCUAGUAUCGCCAAGAGAAUCUUUAAAAGCUAUUUCUACAAAUAGUGAAAUUUUAUCAGAAGAAAUAAGUUCAGUUAGUCAAGAUACUGUAUUGAAAACAUCGAAAUCAUCACAAGUAUCCGAAGACAUUUUGCAGAUGUAUUCAAAAAGUUCUAAAAGAAGUAGUAAAUCAAUUCCGACCGACAUGUCUAAAAAAACUCAAUAUAGUUCCGAAUCGAAAUCAAAUUUUAAACGUAAAAGUUCAAAGUGUCAAAAAAGCAAAUCAUCAUCUAGUAUACUUACAGAAAAUAUAUUACGAUCUAAAUCUCAUUCUCAAAUGUCAGAAGAAUUUGUCAAACAUCAUAAUAAACGAACAAGAAUGGAAAAAGAAUUUGUUCAAUUUGAUAAAAACGAUGAAAAUGCACUUAUUGAUAAACAUACAAAAGAUAAAAAUUUAAAAUUAUUAACAGAUCGAAUAGACGAUUAUGACGCUAAAGAGAAUGUAUUUUGUCAGAAAAUAUUUGAUAAAAAUGUAGAUAUUUACGGAAAUUCUUGUUGUAGUCAAGACAAAAAUGGACAUAAUUUUGAUGAAGCAAAAUCUCAAAUUGGUAAUUUUGCUAUUUCUCAUCAUAGUUCUGGAGAGAGUGAUAGAAAUUACUCCAAAUCCGUGGUUAUCAGAUCACAAGAUCAUAAUUUGAAAACAUCUAAAAAACUCGAACAAAUUUUGAAUGCGCGUGAAGCUGCGCUUACAUCGCGGAAAAAUUGUGUGGAAGAGUGGAUGGCUUGGCAUGCGAAAUUAAGAACGGAAGAAGAUCGUGUUGCACGAAUGGAACAAGCUGCACUUAAACUUGUAACUGCAACAUCUAAUGUUUUUUUACAAGAUACUACUGUUUCGUCGGACACGAGCGAUAUUGAAGGAAGAAUAGAAUUACUAACAGAAAAAUUGGCCGAAAGACGAAUAGAGAUGUCACGGUUGAAAAGGGAAGCUAGAAAACAGACGAAACAGAAACUUCGUGCUUUAGAAGCUAAUUUGUUGAAUCAAAUAAAGAAAUAUGAUACGACAAUUUACGAAAUGCGCAAAAAAUUGGAAUCAAGAAAAGGAGCUUCUAAAGAUAAUGAAAAAUUAGCGAUAGAAUCAAGAUCAUUGGCAGACUUUAAAAUACCCGAGAUUCCAUUAAAAAAAUUGCAAGAUAUAUUCAAAAACAAUGAUUUACUAAGAUCCAGAUCAGAAUCUGAUUUAUUAUCCACAAAAAAAUUAUCAAUUAAAGAUCCUAUGAAAAAUAUUAAUAUACUACAAAAUGAAAUUGUUGAAGCCAGAUAUGAAAAAAAUUCUGAAAGAAUGAUUAAAUCUUUAAAAAGCAUAAGAACAUUGGAGCAAUUAAGUUCCGCAAAAUCAAGUACAGUGAAUCACAGUAGUCAAUCUGUUUUUGAUGAAAGUAUAUCAGAACAAAUCGAAAUUGAUAAACUUGGUUCUGUUUCCAUAUCAUCAGUUUCAGAUGGUGCUCGAUCUGAAAAAAAUAUUCCUUGUGAAACUCAACAAUAUAUAAAUGAAAUACAAAAUAAACAAAAUAUAUCAGAUGCAAAGAAAAGUAGUAUUUCCGAAGAUGUUAAAACUGAAAUCAAUACACCAAAGUCUGAAUCAGAUAUAUAUACACAAUCAGAAGCCAAGUUCUCUAAAUAUGAUACUACAAUUCAAUCUGAUUUAAAAGAAUAUAAAUCUGAUUUUGAUACAUUUUCCGAACAGUCCCAAGUUAAGACUAUUUCAUCACAAUCUAAAAUAAAUAAAUCUCAACAUUCGGAACAUUUGGAACAUAUUUUAUCAAAAAAAUCUAAUAAUAUUCAAUAUUCUAAUGCAGAAAUAAAUAAUGAAUCUGUUAAUGAAAGUCUUGAUUUCUCUAAAAAAUUAGAUUUUUUGCGUUUAAAUAAUCAAAAUUUGAAUGAGGAUAUAAGCUCGUUAGAAAAUGAAUUGAAAAUACUUUCAGAGAUGAUGUCACGUUUUAAUAAAAAAUCUAUUGAAGAAAAAAAAUAUGAAUUACAAAAUGAAGAAAAAAGUACAUCAAAAGAUAUAUCUGAAAUACAUUCGGUAUCGGAUAAAAUCAAUGAAGAUUAUGAUGUAGAAGUUAUAAAAGAGGAUAAGAUCAAAAAUGUAGAAUUACAUUCGAAAGAGAGUAAUUCUGACAUUCCUCAAUAUUUAACAAAUAAUACAAGAUUAUUGUCACCUACUAACUUCAGUGAUAGUAACAGUAUAGUGGAAGAAGUUGAUAAUGUAAUAUCUGUUAUAAUGCCACAAAGUAAAAUAUCAUCUUGUAAAUCAAGUAGUCAAGAAAUUGAUUAUAAAGCAAGAAGUAAGAAAAUUUUAAAUGAAAUCGAAAAAUCUAUAAUAUCAGAACAUAUUAAAAUACCUAAAGAUGACCGUUCAGAGAUAUCAAUUGAAAAUAAAAAUUUAAGUUUAUAUAAAAAGAACGAGGAAAUAUGUAAUGAUACAUCUGCUAAUAUCAAAUCUUUAUCUGAAAUUUAUUCAAAAUCGAUUCAAGAUAAAAAUCGAUGCAUAAAUAUUUUGGAAUUUGAAACAACAUAUCCUGAGAAAAAUAUUGAAGAAAAUUUAACUGAUUUACAUAAUGUAGAAAAUUACCAAUCAAAGAAAAAUUCUUCUUUAUCUUUAGAAAACUUCGAAGAUAACGAAAAGGAUAAAUCUUUAAAUCAAAAUACAGAUAUCAAUCUUAGUUCAAUAAUAAAUGAUAUAUCUUCUACAGAAAUUCAUUUAGAAACUAAGAAUAAUUCCGCAUCUAAAGAAGAUGUUUCAAAACAAGCAACAGUUACAGAAUAUGUAAAUGAAUUAUUGAAAAGACAAGUUUCUCCUCAGUUAUCAAAUUCGAUGAAAACAAUUGAGACUUCUAAAGAAUCAAUAGAUUAUGUAAAAGAUAUAAUAAAUGAUAAUAUGUCUUAUCAAAAUAUAAAUGAUAUACAUCUAGUUUCAAAAGCAAAGAAUUUAGAAUUAUUAUUAAAAGAAUCUAAAGAAUUAACUAAUAAUAAUAAAAAUGAAACUGUCUUUACACAAACUGAAGAGAUGAUAGAAUCUCAAGAAGUCUCUCAAAAAUCCAUUAAAAGAUCUAAACAACAUAUUUCUGAUUAUGAUUUAGAUAUGAGUAAAAAAGAAAUUAUUGAGAAUAAUAAUCAAUCAGAAGUAUUUUUGAAUAAAACUUUUAAUAAAAAUGAUUGGACUAUAUCUAAUUCGUUUGAUGUUAUUUCUGCAUGGGAAAAAUCUCAAAGUCAGACAUCAAAAUCAUUCAACGAUUCGAGUUUACUAAAUUCAAACAUAUCCCAAUCAGUUAACUAUAAAAAUGAAAUAAUUAAUGAUGUAGAGGAUGAUGUAGAAGAUGUAGAGGAUGUUUCUUCAUUUAUUCCAAAAAGUGAAUCUACAAAUAUUGAAAUACAUGAAAUAAAAUUUGAUGAAACAUUAGACUACCAUUUUGAAAAAUUUGAUAAUAAAGACAAAGAUGUAUUGCAUUUAAUUUCUAAAAACAAUAAUGAAGAACAAAAUGAAAGUAAUAUAGAAACUAAUGAUUUCCAAAAAAUUAUUUAUGAUUCUGUCACUAAAAUAUUGGAUAAAGUUGAAAAAAGUAUUGAAAACAAUACAAUAAAAGAGAAAAUUGAAAAUCAUACAGAUAUGGAUAAUGUAAGAAAUAAAAACGUACAGAUAGAAGAAAGAGAAAAAUCAAUUUCAAGUAAUGUUGCUUUAAAUAAUAAUUUAGAAGAAAACUUAGAAAAAAAUAAAAUGAACUUCAGUGAUAUUAAUGAAGAAAUCUCUCUUUUGAACUUCAGCAAUGAUAAGAAUGAUGAAGAAGAUGAAGAAAUAACAAUUAAUGAAAAUACUGAGAUUAUAGACGAAAACGUUGAAAUUAAAAAUGACGAGAACACGUAUUAUACUGAAUCUAAGUCUCGAGAAAUUAUUAUAACAGAAUUAGAACCAGAAAGUAUAGAAAAUGAAAAUUUAUCAGAACUUGAAAUUGAUGCUAAAAUAGAAUUAGCAGAAGAAGAAUUCAUAGAAACAGAGAGAAAUAAAGAAGAAAUAGUAUCACAAGAACAAAAAUUUUUGGAAACUAUAAUAGAACAAGAUAGUUCUGAUGGUGAACAACUUGAUAAUUUGGUUGAAGUAACUGAAAGUGUAUUGGACGUUAUAGAAAAAGGAAUUAAAUCUACAGAUUCUAUUGAAUUGAAAUCUAUUUCAUGUUAUAAAACAAAUGAUUAUGAUGUUGAAAUUCAAGAUAAUAAAAUGCAAAGUGAAGAAAAUUCUGUAAAUAUAAAUGAUAUCAAGAUAAUAGAGCAUGUUGAAAUAGAUACAUCCAAUGUAUCACUAAAUGUAAUGAAUAAAACUUUUGAUAUUGUGAAAGAUCCAGAAUAUGAAGAUAUUUCAGAAGAAAGUCUUGAAGUUUCUGAAAUAUUUGAUAAAAGCGAGCUCCAGAAAUCUACUAUUAUACAAAAAUCGUCUAUACCAGAAAAAUAUGAAGCAAUACAAACAUCAGAAAAAGUAUUGAAAAUACUUGAUGAAAUUACACAAAAACCUUUGUUAAGUUCAGAAAAUGAUGUAAAUAAAUUUCAAGACAAUGAAUAUGUUUCUGAAAAUAAUAAAGAAUUACAAAUUUCUGAUAAAAAUAGUAUUAAAAAUAAUCAAUUAUUAUCAGGAAAAAUGGAAAAUCAAAAAUCUGAAAACGUAAUAUUAGAAAAAGAAAAUCAAUUAAUAGAAAAUACGAAUGAAACGAAAAGAAAAAAACAAGAACAAGUUGUUUUAUCUGAGUCGAGUGAAGACAGAGAUACACCAAAGGGUGUAUCAGAAAUUGAUAUGGAUUCUCCUCGAGAUCUUAAUGAUUCAAGAUUGGAUAUCGAUGUUUUAAAUGAUGAUUUAUUAAGUAAUCCAAACAUAGAAAAUCAAAAUAUAGAUUCGAAGAAUACAUUUCAUGCUACACCCAUUGUUGCAACGUCUGAAAAGGAUAUAGAGGUCAUGAUAGAUAAGUUAAAAGCUUCAUUGGAACAACCUGGCAUGGAAGUUGCAGAUUGGGAAGCGAAAUUACUUCGUAUUGAACAACUUCAGAUUGAAUUAGAGAUUAAAAAAUUAGAAGCAGAAGAAGAAUCCUAUUAUGUUCGAAAAAUACCGAAUAAACCACCACCUCCCUACACUCCACCUACUGGAAGUGCAAGAAUUUCAACUUCGCUUGGGUCACCUUCUCCUCCUCCAGCUGUGAUUCCUUCAAACAUAGAGGAAUUAACAGCAUUUACAGAAAAAGCCACAGCAAUAAUAUUUAAAGCUAAGGAAGCUGGAGAAGAUAUUAUGAGUUUAGAAGCUCCUUCUGAGAUCUGUGAAUUAACCAAAGAAAAUGACGAGACUAUGAAAAAAGAUAGAAGAAUUUACAAUACAUUCCUUUUCGAUUUGUGUAAAGAAACAAUCGCAGAAGUUUAUCAAGCUGAAUACGAAAAACCAGGUCCAAGUUGGACAAAACCAAACGUAAAAACAAAACCUAUCGUGAAGAUUCCUAAGACUAUACAAGAACUUAAUGCUUAUGUGAAUAAAGAGGUGGCUACUUUAUUCGGUUUCAAAACAAAACUGCAACGAGAAAAUAUGGUAAUGCGUUGGAGUAGAAAACGAAGAGAUCGAGUUGAUGAAUUAUUGGCUAGAGAAGCUCAAGCUGAGGAAGAUGAAUGGACGAAAUUUCAUCAUGAUGAACUCGCGGUAAAAAAUGGUCUUACUGUAACUAUAUUAGAUACUCUGUUAAUGGAGACUGUGAAUGUAGUUAAAGUUGCAUAUGCAAAGAAAAGAAAAGUAAUGAUUUAGUUUUUUUAUUAUUUUUCUUUCUUUUUUCUUUUUUUUUUAUUUGCAAAGUUAAGAUUUAUGACUGAAGUACUGAUAUAUAUGAGUUAUAAUAUAAUCGUUAAUUAUAAAAGACAGUAUAUAUUAUUUUGAAAUUAAUUAGCUUAAACUGCUAAAUUUAAUGAAUUUUGUUAAUUAAUUAUUAUUUGUAUUUUAUAAUUUGUAAGGCUGGUUCCUAUUUAUUUCAUUGAUGUUCGUAAAUAAGAAGACAAAAGGUGUGACAAAUUUUAUGAAUUUUAGAAGUAAUAUGUAAUUAGCAAUUGUCGACCUAUAGAACUCAAUAAUCAAACUA